UUGCGUUUUGGCUCUAAAGCCUGGAGACCUCCGAAGUGCUCGUCAGUUUUCGAAGUAGGAGCCAUGGCGACAACAGCUCAGUAUAUUCCGAGGAAUAACUCUUUACCGUCUAACCCGCUCAUGCAUCCGGAUUCGGAUAGGAUGCACCAGGGGACGACCUACAGAGAGGUGCAGAAAAUGAUGCACCACGAGUACUUGCAAGGGCUUGCGGCGACCAACACGGGACACCCGAUGAGCCUGACGCACCACCAGUGGCUGCCCACCUCCAACACCGACUGGUCCAGCGGCACCCACCUCGGACAGCAGGAGCACAAAGCCAGCGUGCAAGCGACCAGAGAGGACCUGAGCAGCGGCUUCCACCACAGAUCUCACCUGGUGCACCAGCAGACGCAGAGUAGCCACCAUGGCUCGUGGGCACCUGCCACGACGCACCACCUAUCCCCGCUGUCCCCGGCAUCCAACGGCCACCAGUCCCUGGUCUACUCCCAGCCUGGAUACACAAACCUCAACGCAAUGCUGAGUCCCCAGCCCGGCUCCCUGCACCAUGGCAUGCGGGACCCACUUCACGACGAUUCGGGCAGCCACGACAACCAGAUGGAGUCGCCCCAGCAAGCGUUCAGCCACCACCAGGACCACUCGGACGAGGACGCGCCCAGCUCCGACGACCUGGAGCAGUUCGCCAAGCAGUUCAAGCAGCGGCGGAUCAAACUGGGCUUUACGCAGGCGGACGUGGGCUUGGCCUUGGGCACCCUGUAUGGAAACGUCUUUUCUCAGACCACUAUCUGCAGGUUUGAGGCGCUGCAGCUCAGCUUCAAGAACAUGUGCAAACUUAAGCCGCUCCUUAACAAGUGGCUGGAGGAGACAGACUCAAACACGGGCAGUCCUACCAAUUUGGACAAGAUUGCUGCGCAGGGCAGGAAACGAAAGAAGAGGACCUCCAUUGAAGUGGGGGUGAAAGGGGCGUUGGAAAAUCAUUUCUUAAAAUGCCCAAAGCCAUCUGCUCAUGAAAUCAGCACUUUAGCCAGCACUCUGCAGUUGGAAAAAGAGGUUGUCCGUGUUUGGUUUUGCAACAGAAGACAAAAAGAGAAAAGAAUGACACCAGUGGGGGUCCCUCACCCGAAUAUGGAGGACGUAUAUUCUCAAGCAGAGACCCCUCCUCUACACCGCACACUACAGAGUCCUGUGCAGUGACUGUUUUCAUGAACAAUCCGAGCAUUUCCGCGGGGGGAUAGAAAGGGGAAAGGGACUAUGGAGUUUACAGUAUUUAAGUUUGGCUUUUGUUUUCCUGACAGAAAAAAAAAAGACAUGGAAAAAAAGUUGAACAAAUCAGUUUUGCCUUUAGUAUUCGGAGAACCAACAAAUAGGUGGGAAAAGGGAAAGUGUUAAGAAAAAAAAAGCAAGAAAAAAGAAAAAAAAUAUUCGCUGUUACUGAUUUCGUGCGCAUUUGAAGUGAGACAAAGAUCUUUAUUUACCAAAAUUAUAUGGAGGAGUCAUGCUUAUAAAGUAAAUUUGAUAUCUCAUGAUCGUUCCAAGUGGGGAGUUAUUAAAUGUGGCAACCGAGCACCUCUCCUCCUGGUGCACCAUGAACUCACCAGGAUGAGGUGUCUGAAAAUGAUCAACACUGGAGACGAAUAGCCUACACUGAAUGAACAUUUUUGCUUUUCCGGGCUUAAACUGAUUAACCAGAUUUCAGAAUAUUAGUGUAUACUUUCUUUGUUAUAUUGAUUGUGAUGUUUUGGUUUGGAAAUACUUUAACUUCAGUGUCUCUCUUUCUGCAGAGUGUCUAUUAUUUUGUUCAUUAUUUGCGAGUGUAACUCAUCAGAUCAGUUUAUUUGUUUUUCUGUUUACUCAGAGGGAGUUGUUGGUGGAGGAGCAAUGGAAAUGGUGGCACCCGAAAACACCCAUAAAUAACACAUUUUAGUGAAAUGUCCAGUGCAACAGGACGUCCAAGUCCUGACUGCAUGCCUUAAAAAAUAUUUAAAUUUGCAACCAGCACCAGACGCUAAAAAAAAGGGCAGUUUAAAAACGCAUCUUUAUGCUUUAUUUUUUUGGGGGGGUUCACUGCUUUCAGAUUAUUGUUUUCUUUGCAUGGAGCACUUAUUCUUUCGUUAAUAUUAUUAUUGAAAUUUUUAUGUCUGUUGAUAAAUUGCGAGUGUAGCUGAUCUCAUAAGGCUUAAACAACACAAUAGCCCAAAUCCCAUGUUUACAGGUUCCAGUUAUCACCAUAGAGCGCUGUCAGCUCACACUGCUUACUGCCUGUUGUAUUCCAAACACUACAAGAGAGAUUGGUCAAAUACGAAAUAAUAAUAAUAUAAAAAAAACAACAAAGUAAUAAUAACUCAGGUAACUUCAGUGCCCCAUGUCGGAAUAUCACACCAGUACAUGAUUUUUUUUUUUUCUUUGUUGUUUUAAAUGUUUUAAUCUGGUUACAAAUACACCGUUUCCUUUGUCCAUAUAUCCAUUGUAUUAUAUGAAAAAGCUGGAAUCGGAGAAAAGAAAAUAAUGAGAAUUCCUUAGGGGCAUAUAAGCGAUGAAGGGAUUUACGUUAGAUAUAUUUAUUUUUUUCCCGACCUGUAAGGAAAUUUGAAAAUCUCAUGCGUUGUGUGUCAUUUCUCAGUGUUGGACCAGUUCAAAAGCAUACAGCAGUGCUACUCAACACAGAUGAGGGAAACUUUUUUUCAGGAGAAAUAAUAAUAAUAAUGGUAAUAAUAAUAAAAAAAAGAAAAAAAAGACGGAAAAAAAAAGAUUUUAGAGAAAAUGUUGCCAGGAUUAUUUCCAACGUGUAAAUAUGUCCAAUAUGUAAACUUGUAUUUGUUCUGAGAUAUUGUUUUGUUUUUGUUUCUUUCCGGGCAGUUUUGUACACUUACUAAUUCCAAGAAGAUAUUUUAAUAUGAUUUCAUUUAUGAAUCUGACCAUUUAUAUAUAUAUAUUUAUUUCUUAAAAGUGUUUGGAGCUUUUUGUUUAGCUCUGUUAAUGGUUAUGUUGCAGUGGAUUUCAGUAUGUUUUUUUUUCCCCUUUUGUUUACUAUAUUGGUUGUAUGUUGGUUGCUAAAUGUAGACUGCAAAGUCGCAUUUAUAUUUAUGUUAUAGUAAUAUUUUAUUACUUACAUAAAACAUAUAUACAAGAAAUGGUCUUUUGUCUUCAUUAAGGUCCGACCCUCUCCUCCUUUGUUGCUGUCUCUUGUAGCACCACCAGGCAGACGAGAUAAACAUGAUCAUAAAGUUUAGUGCUGUUCAGUGUCAUCGGGAAGUGGCGAACGCACCAAGUGUUCAUUUUAAAUAGCAGUUAUGUAACAGGGGAUCGUUUAAAAUCAGAAGCUGUGUACAUGUGCUGUUAAGGGUAUAGACCACAGUAUUUUACCUCAGGCGUUCCCUGCUAAGUUCACAGUCUGUGACGUUGUUCACAUCUUUGUGUAAUCGCAGUAUUAAAUUGUGCAAUAUUAA